AUGAAAGUUAAUGAGGCAGAUGAUGUGAGGACACCGGCAUGUCAUUUGGAGAUGAUCUAUGACAGACCCCGUUACAAUACUAGAGAAGGUGAUAUGAUUGUUGGAGGAAUCUUAGAAAUAUCAUCGUCUGGAAGCCGUAGUCCAUCACCUUCCUUUAGCUCGAAAAAUCAGGAAGUGGACAAAUGUAUACAGUACCCAGGCCUUGGGCAAGGUGUAGUGCCCUCGCUCAGGCACCCGAGGCCUCAUGUUGUGGCUUCCACCGGCUCACUCACAGGUACCCAGGCCUUGAGCAAGGUGUACGUAAAGAACGAGGCCACGGACUCACCUCAGGCCACAUAUCCUCACAAGUAUCUGAGACAUCUUCUGGUCUUCAUAUUUGCCAUAGAGGAAAUUAACAACAGAACAGACCUGCUGCCGAACAUCACGUUGGGAUUCCAGGUUUAUGAUACGUGUAACAGGGAACAUGAAGCUAUACAGAGUGUUCUGGAUGUCUUAUCCGGGUCAGAUGAUCCAAUUCCAAACUAUGAUUGUCAUCAGAAGAGUAAAGUGUUUGGGUUCAUAGGUCACAGGACCAUUUCCUCAUCUAUGGCAUCAGCGGCACUGACGGGGGUCUACCAAUAUCCUCAGAUCAGCUAUGGUGCAAUGAAUCCAAGCUUCGAUAGUAAGUUCCAGUUUCCCUCAUUCUAUAGCACAGUCCCUGAUGUGAAGGAUCAAUUUAUAGCCAUCAUCCUCUUAUUGAAGCAUUUUGGCUGGAAUUGGGUGGGCAUUGUGUCUUCAGAUGAUGAGGACGGUCAGAAGGUCAAUACAGAGCUGAAAACUCUUCUGAUACAAAACAAGAUUUGUGUUGAGUUUGCUGUCACUCUAACUGACCAUUAUUAUAUUGAGAGAAUUGAAAAAGCUUAUCGCAGCCUUUCAAUGUCAACCUGCAGCAUUGUAAUACUGUAUGGUAAUGCAAAGGCUGGCAAUCUAAUCCAUGCCAUGAGCGAUAUUUCAGCCUCAAGGAAGAUCUUUGUAUUGUUUGGAGCUUUCCAGAUAUAUAAUAACCAAGAGUAUGUUACUGUUCUUAAUGGUUCUCUGCUGGUCGAUUUACACAGAGGGAACAUUCCGGGACUGAAGGAUUAUCUUCUUGAUAUCAACCCUGAGAAAUAUCCUGAUAACCCCAUGAUUCUCGAUGUAUGGAGAGAUGAAUUCUCUUGUGUGCCUGAAUCUAUUGAGAAAGUGUCUUAUGAUAAAGCAUGCAGAGAGUCUUAUAGUUUCCGUUCUGUGGAUCCCUCUAGUUAUGAUGUGGAAAAUUUUCGCUACACUUUCAGCGUGUUCUCUGCAGUUUAUGCCCUGGCAUACGCCCUACAUGAUGUAUAUUUACACAAUAAGGUCAUUGAGACUAGAACCCAAAAUUGCCACCUAUGGCAGAUGAACAGGUAUCUGAGGAGAGCGCACAUUACAACUAAAGGAGGAGAGGAGAUACAGUUUAAUGAUGGAAAAGUCUCACCCAGGUUUGAUCUGUUAAACAUCGUAUUUACACCUAAUACAUCCUUAUCAAUUAUUACUGUUGGAUAUUUUUACAAUUACGGGAAAGGAGUGAAACUCAAACUUAAUGAGAGUGCAAUUCAGUGGAGUCCAAAGUUCUCUCAGACUCCACGUUCUCUGUGCUCCGCAAGCUGCCUCCCCGGAUACCAAAAACUUCAACAUAAAGGAGGACAACCGUGCUGUCACCACUGUGUACCCUGCCCGGAGAAUGAGAUCACCAAUAAGAACGACAUGGAAAGGUGUUACAAGUGUCCAGAGGAUCAAUGGCCCAAUGAGAGAAGAGACACCUGUAUACAAAGAACAAUUGAUUUCCUGUCUUAUGGAGAUACAUUGGGAACUUCUCUUAUGUUUAUGGCUCUAUUAUUCUGUUUUGGAACUAUUAUCAUGUUUGGGAUAUUUGUGAAACACAAAGACACUCCAAUAGUAAAAGCCAAUAACCGGACCCUCAGCUUCAUCCUUCUCAUCUCACUGAUCCUGUCCUUUCUUUGUCCUCUACUCUUCAUCGGACGUCCCACAAAGAUUUCCUGUCUUCUCCGACAAGCUGUUUUUGGGACAAUUUUCUCUGUUGCAGUUUCUUCGGUUCUGGCUAAAACAAUUACUGUUGUUUUGGCUUUUAAUGUCACCAGACCUAACAGUAUUAACAAGUGGAUGAUGAAACAAUUCUCUGUUUUCCUCCUGAUUAUCUGCUCUUCUUGGCAGCUUGUGAUCUGUGUCUUCUGGUUUGUCGUUUCCCCACCAUUCCCAGAGUAUGACACCCAAGUGGAGGUGGGGAAGAUAAUAUUACAGUGUAACGAGGGCUCUGUCACUGCUUUCUACAUUGUGAUUGGCUACAUGGGAUGUCUGGCUGUGUUCAGCUUUAUUUUAGCAUUUUUAGCCAGGAAACUUCCAGACACGUUCAAUGAAGCUCAGUAUAUCACAUUCAGCAUGCUGGUCUUCUGCAGUGUUUGGAUCUCCUUCAUCCCAGCCUACCUCAGCACCAAAGGGAAAUACAUGGUGGCUGUGGAGGUCUUCGCCAUCUUGUCCUCCAGUGCUGGACUCCUGGGCUGCAUCUUCAUCCCCAAAUGUUACAUCAUUCUGAUGAGACCGGAGCUGAAUGUGAAGGUGACUGUAGCCCAAAGAAAAGCACUUCAGUAA